AUGCCCAACCUCAAUUUCCUUGCCCUGGCACUGCUGGUGCCCGGUGUCUUUUCAAAGCCAUUGCACCCUGUUCGGCGCCAGUCUGGCCUUGAUGGAUUUGUGCAGGCCGAGUCGUCUAUUGCGCGUCAAGGCGUCCUGAAUAACAUCGGAGCGAACGGCAGCGCGGUUCAAGGGGCAGCGGCUGGCGUGGUCGUCGCUUCCCCAUUCAAGGUCAAUCCAGACUGUCAGUAA